AUGCCUUCAAUUCCACUGCACCCGCAAUCCUCCGGGAUGGCCCAAAGAACUCCCGCAAACGCCCCUUCCCACCCAGUCCACAACCCCCUCCCCCAGCUCCUCCAAACGCCCUCAGGCCUCGCCCUCCUCGAACUCCAAGGCACAAUCAACGUGCCAUCCUCCGAAGCCCAGCAAGAUGGUUCUAGCGAAGAUAAUGACCUAGCAGAAUCUACCUCCUACGAAACCCCCGUCGGCAAACUCAUGUUCCCGGACUACUCGAUCCACAACCCGGACGACACCCAGUGGAUGAAACGGGUAUAUCUGUACGUUGGACGGUAUCAGCGGAUGACCGGAGAAGUCAAAAAGCUCCCGCGACCAAUUGCGGUGCUACAGAAGAGGGCUGGGAUAGUUGGGAUAGAGGAGUUGGAGGUGGUGGAGAUUGUGCGGUACAAGGUGUUUUUCAAGAAUCGACCGGAGCCGGUGAACGAUGUUUGA